GUCAUCCAUCCUUCAAGCGCCAUUUUACCAAUUCCACGUGUCUUAGAACGGAAGCGUUUACUGCGUCUGUGGAAACCCCUGUGGACUGCAACUCAACGAUUCUGGAGUCUACGUCUUCUGAAGUCAGUACAGCUUCUGUGAACACAACAGGGGAAGGAAACUGGACUGAAGUGAUUGACCCUGAAACAUGGCUGGAGCUGGUGCAGAAUGUUAUCCCCGCUGCGGAGGGAGAUCUAGUGCUGAAGUUGGACAGAAAUGCGGUGGGGACGGCCUGGACAGGGAAGCAGCCAGGUUUCGUCUCUGUGCCGUACAGGAUAAGCGACAACCUGGCCCACAGGGAGAAGGACAUAAUGGCUGCCUUUGAAGAGAUUUCGGAAAACACCUGCGUCUCGUUUCACGCGCACACGUCGGAGGCGGAUUACCUGUUGUUCACAAAGGGCUACGGGUGUGCGUCCUACUUGGGCAGAACAGGGGGAGAGCAGCCGAUCUACAUCGGCGACAGAUGCAAGACUGGAAACAUCGUCCACGAGAUAAUGCACGCGCUGGGCUUCCACCACGAGCACAUGCGCAAGGACCGAGACGACUACGUCACCGUCGUCUACAGCAACAUCAUCCCGCACAGGAUGCGAAAUUUUGCCAAAAUACGUGGAGACACCCAGGGUCUGCCAUACGACACAGAGUCAAUCAUGCACUAUGGACAGCGAUUCUUUUCCGUUAACGGGAAGGACACAAUCAUAUCAAAGGACACGAAAGCCAUUGGCCAGAGAAUCCAGCUGAGUGUGCUGGAUAUCCUGAGGGUACAACUGCUGUACAAGUGUGGAAAUACCAGCCAGACUACAACUGCUCCAGUGAAUGCCCAGACUACAACUGCUUCGGUGAAUGCCCAGACUACAACUGCUUCGCUGAAUGCCCAGACUACAACUGCUUCGCUGAAAACCCAGACUACAACUGCUUCACUGAAAGCCCAGACUACAACUGCGAAUGCCCAGACUACAACUGCUCCGCUGAAAGCCCAGACUACAACUGCUCCAGUGAAUGCCCAGACUACAACUGCUUCGCUGAAAGCCCAGACUACAACUGCUUCUGUGAAUGCCCAGAUUACAACUGUUCCGGGAAUGCCCAGACUACAACUGUUCCGGUGAAUGCCCUGACUACAACUGCUCCAGUGAAAGCCCAGACUACAACUGCUUCUGUGAAUGCCCAGACUACAACUGCUCCGGUGAAUGCCCAGAAUACAACUGCGAAUGCCCAGACUACAACUGCGAAUGC